GGCCAUCAAUACGCAUUUUGUUUUCUGUUUAUUUAACUAGCAGCUGUGUUUUCAUGGGAAAUGUAUUAGCAAGUUAACGUCAGAUAGCGCGAUAACUGCGCCAAAAAUGAUGCGAGAUUCAAUCGAAUGCUGCACUGCUAGCUAGUCAGCCAAAUCUGACUGGGGAAUGGUCAUUUCUCAGUUUGCCAGCAUCACAGCUCUGACACAUCACGAAGUCGUUCAGCUAGCGAGACAUAACGCUGGAACCUAGCUAGCGUUUAGUUGGAUAGAAAAAGAGGACGAGCAUUUGCUGGGGAGUGGUGACUGUGCCAUUGCAAGACUGGCCAUAUGGAUGCGUUGCCUUUGUGUGCAUUUUACUGACAAUUGUGGCUUGGCUCUAGCUAGGGGGCGGACGUCGCUGAGAAGGCGGACAGUUGGCUACGUUAGCUAACUAGCUUGUUGGAUGUCGCGACAGUGCAGUUAGCCCCGUUCGUUGUGUCAGGCCAAGAACCAGGGGACGCACGAACCCAAGUCAGUGAACACAGGGUAUCGCAAUCGAGGCGGGUAAUAGGGAUAGUUAACUAGCCAGGUAGCUAGCUAGUUGUCCAACUAGCUAGCUAACGUGAGAAAUCUAAACAAGGCUUGAAGCGCGCAUCAACGGAGAGAGGCCCUCAACACACCCCCUCGCACCGACACUGCCCCCUCUUCGUCGAUCCUCCCGUGAUUUGCUGAGAUCUGUACACGGGUGAAGUCGGACAGUUCUCGGUUGGGGACAACUUGACAGCGAGGCCCCUAGCUCCCCUCCCCCAUUCCCAUCCAAGACCCUCCAGUCCACCUCCUCGCCAGACAUUAGAAGCGAGGAUCGUGAUAUUAGAUACCUAGCUAAAGUUAACCCAACCAGCUAGUCCAUUCUAACCAGCGGGCUGCCAAAACCAGGAGGGAUGACUUUGGAGUCGAUGAUGGCUUGCUGCCUGAGCGAAGAGGCGAAGGAAUCGAAACGAAUCAAUGCGGAGAUAGACAAACAACUCCGGCGAGACAAGCGGGACUCGAGGAGAGAACUGAAAUUACUCCUUCUCGGUACAGGAGAGAGUGGGAAGAGUACAUUCAUCAAGCAGAUGAGGAUCAUCCACGGGGCGGGCUACACAGAGGAGGACAAGAGGGGUUUCAUCAGGCUGGUGUACCAGAACAUCUUCACCUCCAUGCAGUCUAUGAUCAAAGCCACAGAGAACCUCAAGAUCCCCUUCAAAUACGAACAGAACCGGUCUAAUGCCAUGUUAGUGAAGGAGGUGGACAUAGAGAAGAUCUGUGGUUUCGACCAGCCCUACAUCAGCGCCAUCAAGACCCUGUGGGCCGACCCUGGGAUACAGGAGGCCUACGACAGACGCAGGGAAUACCAGCUAUCAGACUCCACUAAAUAUUACCUUAGUGAUAUAGACCGCGUCACCGCGGAGGGAUAUGUUCCUACUCAGCAGGAUGUGCUUCGUGUCCGGGUCCCCACCACAGGAAUCAUAGAGUACCCAUUUGACCUGGAGAACUGCAUCUUCAGGAUGGUGGAUGUAGGGGGUCAAAGGUCAGAGAGGAGGAAGUGGAUCCACUGUUUUGAGAACGUCACUUCCAUCAUGUUCCUGGUAGCCCUCAGCGAGUACGACCAAGUACUGGUGGAAUCUGACAACGAGAACCGUAUGGAGGAGAGUAAGGCGUUGUUCAGGACCAUCAUCACCUACCCCUGGUUCCAGAACUCCUCAGUCAUCCUGUUCCUCAACAAGAAGGAUCUGCUGGAGGAGAAGAUUUCAUACUCCCACCUGGUCGACUACUUCCCUGAGUUUGAUGGUCCCCAGCGAGAUGCCCAGGCGGGCCGGGAGUUUAUCCUGAAGAUGUUUGUGGACCUGAACCCGGAUAGCGACAAGAUCAUCUAUUCCCACUUCACCUGCGCCACGGACACCGAGAACAUCCGCUUCGUCUUCGCUGCCGUCAAAGACACCAUCCUGCAGCUCAACCUCAAAGAAUACAACCUGGUCUGAAAGACUCUUGCACGCAAACACACACUCUUCCCAGUUGCACAGCUUAGCCUACACACACACACUUAUGAAGCUUACACACACCUACACAUCUAGUUGAUCUUUCCCCCCCUGCUUUUCACUCCAGCGAUUUAAGACCCCCCUCUUCCAAUAUCUCUCCUCCCAUUCGCUCUCCCAUUCCUUCCUUCUUUCUACCCUUUUGCCAUAAGCCUGUCCUCUCCCUCGUUCUCAGCAGCUUGUCAGUCUCCUCUUCUCCACACACAUGCCAUGACUACG